CAAUUUAGCAUUUUAUCACCUCAAUCUCAACAUGUUCAGAGUAUCCGAUGGGAUGGUAAAAUCACAGAUAUUUGUUAUUUAAAUUAUCAAUGGCAUCUUCUAAAUCGACAGAUGGUGAGUAUUAGACAAUGCACAAUGUGACUAUCUCUUGUUUAAACUCGCGUGUUCAUGUUUCUGGUUAUUGGAACAUUUCGUUCGCGCAGGCUGGCUAUAGCCUGUCCAGCCUUGUUCUUGGAGAGUUACCAUCGUGUACAUUUUCACUCCAACCCUAAUCUAGCGCACCUAAUUGUUAUAAUUAGCUGGUUGAUAAACUGAAUCAGGUUAGUUACAGCUGGGGUUGGAGCGAAAACCUACAGGGCAGUAGCUCUCCAGUAACAGGGUUGGAGACCCAUGACACAUUAUUGUUAUGUCAGUGAUAGUCUUUGUUUUAUCUCAAACAAUUCUUCAUUAGGUUUAUUAGACUCAACAGUCUGGUUCAAACUGAUCUUUUGACUAUAAAUUCGCUAGAUUGUUGUUACAUUUCGAUUCCAUAUGAAGUGAAAGUAAAAGUAAAGCCUAAGUAAAACGAUCGUGCUGUUUUACUUAAUAGCUAGGCCUACCCAUUGCGUAUUUUUGCGUGAGGUUGAGUAGCCUAUUUCUCGUUCACUUCUCUAUUCACUCAUCGCUUCUCAGUAUCAGCUAUGUCAUAUUUGGAUCAGUCAUUGACUGCACAUGUUUAAACUUGGUCAAGACUAUGCAAUUAAAAGGCCACCUCUAUCAAACCUUUUGUUAUCAAAAACAAUUAUUUCCUGUUUCUCUUCUGCAGAAGAUUAUCCGCUGAAAGCAGUGCAGAGAAGGUCCAGCGUUGAUGGUAGACGUCCCAAUAGUAAGAAUGACUUUAUCUAUAGCCUACAGGAAAUACUGCAAUAUUUAUAAAAGCUGUCAGUAGUAGCCUAGAACCAUUAACUUUCAAUGACAAAGUUAUAAUUAUAUAAAUAAUUGUAUUUAUUUGUUUACCAUUAUUUGUUGCUAUUUCAUAAUAUCCCUUGUUUUAUUUAGCUCACAAAAUCAUAUUAUGAAUGAACUGACUGAUAUUUGAGAGGGUAGCCCCAACCGGGACUCACACCCGGGUCCAGUGACCAUCAAGCCAACACCUUAACCAUUAUACCAAGAGCUCUUGAUGAGGUUGCUAGGUGUUGGGUUAAGGUCGCUACAAUAUCCAACAAUCCGAAAACUACAAUUUCAAACAAUUCCAAAUCACAGUACUGAAAGGUUGCAUUUACUUUCUUUCAGUGUCCAUGUCCAGAAUUGCGCUGGUGGGGAAGACUGGUGCUGGAAAAAGUUCAUCAGCCAAUACAAUCCUGGGGAGAGAUGCCUUCAGAUCAGCUGUCAGUGGGUACUCUGUCACCAGAGAGUGUUCUAAAGAGACAGGGGAGGUGGGGGGCAGAGAGGUCACCAUAGUGGACACACCUGGCCUGUUUGAUACUUCUCUCUCUGAGGAGACAGUGAAGAGAGAGAUAGCUAAAUGUGUCAACAUGUCAGCACCAGGUCCCCACGCCAUCAUAGUUGUGAUUAAAGUAGCUACCUUCACAGAGGAGGAGAGAAGUGCAGUGAAAAAGGUUGAGGAGAUAUUUGGGAAAGAUGCCAAAAAAUACACCAUGAUCCUUUUCACCCAUGGAGACAAAGUUAAAGGGGGCAUCGAAAAAUAUGUGGAGCAAGCUGGUGAAGACCUCAAGCUGAUUUUGAAGACAUUCGGGAAUAGGUACCACAUCUUCAAUAACAUGAAAACAAACGACCGUACCCAAGUCUGUGAGCUGUUUGAAAAGAUUGAUGACAUGGUUGCUGACAACAAUGGGGACUUCUACUCUAACUACACAUACCAAAAAGUGUCCAAAAUGCUGGAGGAGAGAGAGUCAAAGCUCAAGGAGGUAUAUGAGAAGAAACUACGAGAAGAAGUCAAGGUGCUUAAAUCAAAAUAUGAAGAAGCUAUGUGCGCACUGCUGGAGGAAAACCUGACUCUAAAAGAGGCUGAAAGGGAGGGCAGAAACAGAGAGAGUGAGAGAACUCAGAAGAGAUGGGACAAUCGCAUUCAAGAGACAAAGAGAUUUUAUGAUGGUUUAAAGAAGAGAACGCGAUAUGUUGUAGAGCAGGUCCCAGACACUGAGGACUUUGAUGACAUUGUUGGGCGAUACCCAGAGACCCUGUCCUUAAAAUGGAACUAA